UAAUCCAUGGCUUCUCUUCCUUUCAUCUCCUUCUUCUCUUUCCUUAUCAUCUCCACAACACUAUCAUCCGCCACCACCGGCACCAACACUUCCACCACCAUCAAAAUCUCCCUCUCUCCUUUACCCCACCACCCUUCCUCCGAUCCCUUCCAAAUUCUUAACAACUUAGCCACUUCUUCUGUCUCAAGAGCCCACCACCUCAAACACCCCCACCACAAAACCAACGCUACCUCUUCUCUUCUCAAGGCUCCACUUUUUCCUCACAGUUAUGGCGGCUACACUAUCUCUCUCAGUUUUGGAACUCCGCCUCAAACCCUCACUUUCGUUAUGGACACUGGAAGCAGCCUCUCCUGGUUCCCUUGCACCUCUCGUUACCUUUGUUCCCAAUGCGUUUUCCCUAACGUCGACCCAACAAAAAUCCCCACUUUUUCCCCGAAACUUUCAUCUUCCAACAAGCUUGUAGGUUGCAAAAACCCGAAGUGUAGUUGGCUUUUUGGUCCUGACGUUGAGUCUCGUUGCCAAGACUGUGAACCCACAUCCAAAAACUGUACUCAAACUUGCCCUCCUUACCUAAUUCAAUACGGUUCAGGUUCCACUGGCGGACUUCUAUUACUAGAAAACCUUGUUUUUCCUCAGAAAACUUCCCAAGAUUUCCUUGUUGGAUGCUCUAUUGUCUCCAACCGACAACCCGCUGGAAUAGCCGGGUUUGGUCGGAGCAUUGAGUCUUUACCAUCCCAAUUAGGCCUCAAGAAAUUCUCUUACUGCCUCGUUUCUCGCCGGUUCGAUGACACGGGCAUCAGCAGCAACAUGUUGUUGGAAACCGGGUCUGGUUCGGGUGAUGCAAACACCCGGGGUCUUAGCUACACACCGUUUUACAAGAACCAAGUUGCCUCAAACCCAGUUUUCCAAGAGUUCUACUAUGUAACUCUACGUAAAAUUCUUGUUGGCGAUAAGUAUGUGAAAGUUCCGUACAGUUUUUUGGUCCCAGGAUCAGAUGGUAAUGGAGGCACCAUCGUGGACUCAGGAUCAACGUUCACUUUCAUGGAGAGACCAGUCUUCGAGCUAGUCUCAAAAGAGUUUGAGAAACAAAUGGGAAAUUAUAGCAGAGCACGUGAAGUGGAAAACAUAUCCGGCCUAGCGCCAUGCUUCAAUAUUUCAGGCUAUAAGUCAGUAAAAAUCCCGGAAUUGAUUUUCCACUUCAAAGGAGGAGCCAAAAUGGCAUUGCCUUUGGCUAAUUAUUUCUCAUUCGUUGAUGAUGAUAAUGUUGUCUGUUUGAUGGUUGUUACUGAUAAUAGAGUCAGUCAACGUUUCCACGGCGGGCCGGCUAUUAUACUAGGGAGCUUUCAACAGCAGAAUUAUUACAUAGAAUAUGAUUUGGCAAAUGAGAGGUUUGGAUUUGCUAAACAAAGCUGUGUAUGAGCUGCAUUUAGUGUUUUUUUUUUUUUCGGCCAUGAAGGUGAAGAUGGUCAUUUCAUUUUUCUUAUUGUAAUGGAAUGGUAACAAAAGAGUUAAACGCUUUUUUGCUGUCAUUAUUUAAUGAAAAAGUUUGAUAGAUGUAAUAAAU